CAGUCGUCGCGCUCCCGGCCGCCCGCAGGACGCGCUCGGAACUAACCUCUACGUUUUACGACUCGCGAACAGUUGCAAGCGUUAAUUAAUUCUUUAAUGUACGUUAAAGUGGGAAAGGCGAGUGCAUAAGCGCUGCACUGACGAUGACGCGGCCGACCACGGCGGACCCGCUACGGCUGGUGGAACGGCUGGCGGGCAGCACGCCGGCCUCCGCCACCGGCGUCACCAAGCCCGCCGCCAACGGCAAGCGGCCCACGCCCAUCAUCAUAUACCCCACCGUUACACCCGAGUCCAUAGUUGUGCCUAUCGUGUCAUGCAUAUUUGGGUUCCCACUGCUGGCGCUCACAGUCAUCUGCUGUCUGAGGAGAAGAGCCAAGCUUGCCAGAGAGCGCGCCAGGCGUCGUAACUGCGAGCUGGACCGCGGCGAGCUGUCGGUGGUGCGACUGUCUCCCGUGAAGACCAAGCCCCGAGCCCUGAGCCUGGUCCGCUCCCCGCGCCCCCCACCUACCCUGGAGCUGGAUACAGUGAUGGAAGAACGAUCUGAUCCUGAACAAACGACGUUAUCACAGGUGGAAAUAACCCCGGAUCGCGAGGUGGGCGCGAUCAUAUUCAGCGCGGUGGGCGCCGUGGGCACGGCGGCGGCGGCGGCGGUGUGCGCGCGGGACAGCUAGCGCCGGGACUCGGCGCAGCUCGGCGCGCGCUCGCCGCUCUGGGCCGCGCUCACCAGCCAGCCGCUCGACGAGGACGACGCCGACGACGACGCCGCCGGCAGCGACAGCUAGCAAGAGCUCGACGAGCGCUCCGUCGCCGAUAUUGGAGAGCGCAUGAAACUGUUCUUGGACAUUCCGCUUAGGUUUUAGUUGUGUGAUGUUUGUGUCGUUUAAUCGAGUGAACAGUGCAUUUUAUGGUUGACUACCGAGACACUAGACACAAUAGAUUUUAUUGUUAGAGGUUCACCAGUGAGCCGCGUGGCGUCCAACAUGUUAACUGUGGAAACGAAACUUUUUAAAUAUUAUUAUUGUUAAAUCAAAUACGCCAACGCGAAUCCUUAAAUGCGUAAAAGAGUAAGCGGCUUUCGGUUAAUGGAUUCCCAAUAAUAAAACGUAAAUAGUAUUUCAUUUCUGAAAUUUAAAAAUGUAUCGCAAAAACCUUUGUACAUUUUCCUACUUUUAAGCAUCGUGUAUUAAUGUUGAACAUAUCUAUUAUUAACGAAGCUUUAACUUAAUUUUUCGGCAUGGACCCUGUUCCUAAGAACUGAACAAUGGAACGUGAAGGCCAAUUAUUAAAGAUCUAGUUAUAGGUUUUAUAAAUAAGUUUAUGGCCAAUCCUUCGGUAACAUCAAUUGGCUAUGCCCAAUCAAGCAGAGGUAGGUACUUAAAUAUUAAGUAUAAGUCAUAUGGGCAUACCUACGUCCAUGACUUCGGGCAUAAAUGCUCGUGGUCAUCACACUACCUAACAUUUGCCUUCUGCGAGAUACGAACCUGUAACCGCAACCGGCAUUCAAUGAACCACAAGGCCGUGGCCAUUUAUAAAAUGUAAAAAUGUAGGCCUAGUUUUAGGCACUCGUAAUAGAACUCUAGAAAAAACAUGAAUUUAUAGAAUAUUAGGUAGGUACUAAAUAAUAUGGUUAGGUACCAAAAGCUGUAAAUAAGUCCAUGACCAAAAGCUCUUUUAUUGUAAAUAAUUCAAUAAUGUAAUAAAAUAUAGUCAAUAGAUUAUAACAUUUGUUAAUAUAAUAUUGUAUGUAAGUAUAAAAGAUCUGUAGUUGGGCCUGAACUGUACAUAGGUGAUAGAUAUUGAUAUAGUACUUCUGUACAUAAAAUUGUUAUUAAAAAAACAGACCAGCCUUGUAAACUUUUUUAAAUGUAAUAUAGUAGUUAAUGAUAUUUAACAUACUAGAAAAACCUUGCUUCAGAUGGAAACCGUUUUUGGGAACAUUUCGUCGUUGGGAACUUUUCUUUUACUACAAACGCGAUUAGCAGUCGUUUCUUUGAUGAAAAAAUCAUCUUCUAGCUAGAUUGAUUUAACUUAAUAAAUGGAAAAUCCCAACUGCAUUACAAACAAAUGGAAUUAAACAGAUAAUAUGUAGUUAAGAUUUGCAUACUUAAUUAUGUAAUGUUUGUUUUUCGUCUAUGAUGUGUGUAAAAAUGAUUAACCCUAUGUUUAUAGAAACUAAUUUAGUUCCGUUGCAUGCAGUGGUUUAAAUGCAACAUGCAACAGCAUGAUAAUGUGGACAUACACAAUUUAAUGCACGCACCAUUUAAUGUAUAGAAUAAAUCGGCAUGAUGCAAAAUUAUAUUUUAGUAAAAAAACGAUCAUAGUAAAAUCGAUUACGCUAUUCCAAUAUGUAAUUAUUCAAGCAAUUCUGAAGAAACUGAUUUCAGGUUUUACGUUAUUAUAAUAAUUACGCGUUGUGUAGUGAGUGCCACAUUGCAGCACCUUAUUAGUAACUUAAUAAUGCUCCUUUUAAUGAAACAAAAUUUUCACUUUUGUAUAAAAUUGUUGUUCUUCAUUUUGUAAUGAAUUGUGUAAAUGUUAGUCGCGCGCGUUUAUUAAGUUGGUACUUGAGAAAAUAUGACUUUAUUGGGUGUGACUUAAAAAUACAAACUAGGUACCUACUGAAAUUUCAAGAGAUAAAUACCUAUGUUUAAUAGAGCCUACAUAGAAGCCAGUCGUUAAGCGCUAAUGAAAACGUCAUAACCCUGAUGCAUGCAUGUUUGUGAUGUUUGCUUGAAUUAAACCACAUUACCUAUUUCCAUUCUAUCCUAUUCUAUCACUCAUGCGCGAGUAUCAUUACUUACUAAUUUCAGUCAUAAUGACAUGCAGUUGCCUGAACUUUGCAUGAGCGUUUAUACUAUCUUAACAGAAUCUAACUGUAGAUUACUUUGGUUUAAAAUGAAUCGAUCGAAACGAAUCGAUGAGUCAUAAGCCGAUUAAACUUUACAUAGUCGUCGUAGAAAUAUGUGACUAGUUUCGUUUUCUAGAAACAAUAGUAACCGCUUAUAUGACAUCAGAAUGUGUUAAUAAAGAUUUGAAUGACAUUGCCA